UAGGUUGUAACACACACACACACACACACACUCACACACACGUUAUUUUGUGCGCGCGUUCGUCUCCUGCAGCAACAAUGUGUAACUCCAUCCGCUCGCGCUGCGCGGUAACCCGAGCCGUGGAAAAAAAAACGGGGAGGAAACAGGCUCGCGCCGCGUACGGUUACCGAAUAACAGGCCCCUCCUCCUUUCCUUUCCCACUCCGUCUCUCUCUCUCUCUCUCUCUCUCUCUCUAUCCCUCUCUCAGAGCUCGGAGACGCGGCACGCAGCAGCAGAAGAUGGCUGAGCGCACCGGGCAGCGCGAGCCCCGCACGGCGGCAGCGUCGUUAUCCCCGUCGCUCUCCCUGGGGCGAACCUGAAACCCCCUCCUCCUGUUUCUCCUCCUCCUCCAAACACAAACCCAAACGUUCCCGGUGUCUACACCGUCGCUCCGUGCGUCCGCGAGCCCACCUUGUUUCUCCUGACACACACACACACACACACACACACACACACACGCACACACACGCGCGCGCGCACACGGAGGAAUUUUUUUUUCUGGUUUUGUUUUCUUUAAUCGCAGCAUGGCGGAAACGGAGAAGGAGGGCAGCAGAGCUCCGGAGAGCAAGAGGAGCCGGAAACCCGCUCACCCCGUCAAGCGCGAGAUCAACGCAGACAUGAAGAGUUUUGCGGAGAACACGAUGAACGAGCUGCUCGGUUGGUACGGGUACGACAAGGUGGAGCUGCGAGACUCGGACGACAUCGAGAUCCGCAACUAUCCGGACGGGGAAAUCCGCCAGCACAUCUCCGUCCUGAAAGAAAACUCUUUGCCAAAAGCGGUGAUGCCCGAGGGGAGCUCGUCUCCUCCUCAUGCCAACAGCUCCUCUUCAACUCCUACAUCACGCAAUGGCGUCGCCACGGAGACGCCUGCUAACCCUGCCUCCUCCUCCUGUUCCUCGACAACAGUUGCCAAGGAGCAAGGGGGCAUGCCAAUCAUAGUUCCCCUGAUUCCACCCCCACUCAUCAAACCACCAGCAGAGGAGGACAUGUGUAACGUUCAGAUCGUGUGUGCGUGGUGUCAGAAGGUCGGUUUGAAGCGUUACUCCCUCAGCAUGGGCUCUGAACUCAAGAGCUUCUGCAGUGAGAAGUGUUUCGCCGCCUGCCGACGAGCCUACUUCAAACGCAACAAGCUGGGAUAUGUGAGGACUUUACCUGCCAGAGAGGAGGAGGCCUCCACGCAGCACAGCAAAGACACGCCCAGACUUGUCCUCAAGACACACAGCGAUGCGCUUGGAAACGAUGCCAAAUUCUUGUCCAUGUCAGGGGUCAGAGGUGAAGGAGACGCAGGAGACGAGUUGAGAUGUAAACCAGAAGCGCUAAUGUCCGAGGUGUGUGACUGGUGCAAGCACAUCCGCCACACUAAAGAGUAUCUGGAUUUUGGUUCGGGUGAGAGGCGACUCCAGUUUUGCAGCGCUAAGUGUCUCAACCAGUACAAGAUGGACAUCUUUUAUAAAGAAACCCAGGCGGCUCUGCCUGGUGGACUGUGUAACCCUGUUUAUCCGGCCGGAGACGGAAAAACAGAAACAAACGCCGGGGUCCAACUUCUGACCCCUGAAUCUUGGAACGCACCUUUGAGCGAACUAAGGCCCCGCAAGGCACCAUCGCCAGGGCCAACAACAUCCGGGGCUGGACACUCGGGAUCAGCAUCUGCAUCACCCUCUGAUACCAGCGCCUCAGGUUCAGCAUCUUUGUCAUCCUCUUCUUCAGUGAAAAUCCCCACGCCAAGGCCACACGAGAGUCCAACGUUACCCCCACCACCACCACCCCUGCCACCACCCCCUGCCCCUGGAAUUCACCCUCCAAUGGGUCUGGUGCCCAAUGGAAGUCCUCCAAUGGUGAUGACGCCCCGUGGCCCGAUGCCUCUGCCCCUCUUUAUGGAGCACCAGAUGAUGCAACAAAUCCGCCCUCCCUUCCUCCGCCCUCCUGGCCCCAACAGCCCCCUUCCUAAUCCCAUGAUACCUGGAAUUGGGCCACCUCCUCCUCCUCGAACUUUGGGUCCUCCAUCUAGUCCCAUGCACCGACUCCUACUUUCACCCCAUGUUCACCCCUCUUCCACCCCCACCUUGCCGGGUAACCCUCCCGGAAUAAUGCCCCCUCAUCCAGGGACCCACAUUCCUGGACUUCCUUUCCCUCCGGUUAACAUCAUGCCACCUGGGCCCAUACCAGUGCCACCUAUGAUGAACUUUGGCAUGCCAUCACUGGCGCCGUUAGUACCACCUCCAAUGCUCUUAGUGCCGUAUCCCGUAAUUGUGCCAUUACCAGUACCAAUUCCCAUCCCUGUUCCUAUCCCAAUCAGUCCAAAGGCAUCAGGUGAUCGCCCUGGGAAUGAUGGGAUGCUUCCGGAAGUUUCUGGUGAGCACAGUGACUCGCAGGACUCGUCCUUCUCUCCCAGUUCAUCCAGAGGAGAAGGUGGAGCUCAUAAGCAAAAUUCCUCCAGCUCAGAUGUGCUUUCUCCAGGCAUUUCCAGCCAGAUGGAACGGCACAGUAUGAGCUUGAUUAAAACAGAAAGUGCUGGAAGUUCCAGUUUAUCACAUCCAGGAUCUCCUACAGAAGCACCAGCAAAUGGAAUAAUUGAUUUGACGACAAACCGGCGCUCACGGCAGCAGCUAGUGAUCCAGAGAGCCGCGCCAUGCGUGCAGGUGAAGCCCGAGCCCGAAUCGACCACACCCACUGGGCUUAGCGUGUCAAGAGUGGGUGAAUGUGAAAUGAAUGAGAGAGAUUCCUGCAGCACAGGACCAUUAGAGGACACACAAAAUGACCGAGACACAGAGGCUAAAAGCCCACUAAACAACAUCACUCUGCCUUGUGCUGACCCUUCAUUCUGCAGUACUACGCCUUUACUAUCUCAACCAAUCUCAUGCAGCCUUUCCACCCCCCUGGCCAGCAUUGCCGUGACAAAAACAGAGCCAGGUACUGCUACGCCUUGUAACGUGAUUGUCAAUGGCAGCUGCAACAUGCAGCCACUAGAACCCACAGUCCGGACACCCCCUCCAGAACAGCGGCCUGCUGUGGAAAUGAACCGAAGGACAGCCACAAUCUGUGAUGAGCCAGCUGAGGGAGAGGACCUGAAGGAAAACAGCUGCUCAGCCAUUGAGAGAACCUUAUCCGAGCAGGCUGUAGCACCUGGGCGUGCCGGAGAGGAAAAGUCCCAAGAGGCAGAGGACGCUGCAUCUGGAGCAGAUCAUGCAUACGCCUUGCCCCUCAUGCCUAAACCGGGCUGUGUCAUUCAGCCUGUGCCAAAACCAGCAGAUAAGACGGCAGCCAUAUUGCCAUGCGGCUUGGAAGCUCCGUUAUCGGUGGCGGGAGCAGCAGACAUGGAGCCGCCGUUGAAAAGGAGACACUUACAUCUCACCAAAGGGACAAGAGCGCAGCACUGCAGCAGAUCCCAUCAGUCCACCAAUCAACAUGUCAACACCUGUCUCUACUCCUCCAUAACCUUCUCUACAAGCUCAAUCAUGUCUCGGUUAGAUAAAUAAUUGCACUUCCCACCAAUAUUAUCUCAGAGCAGACUGAUCCCAAGGAUUUCUUUG